CAAAUACACGCACACUUAUACGUACAUAUACACGUACAUAUAACUGUAAUAUACAGACAUUCCAUCCUCAACUUCCUAGUGUACCUACCGCGAGUUCAAACGAAAAGUCGGCCUAACCCAGAGUUGCUACAGACGUGCCUUUAGACUGGCAGUGAGUAGUAAGCAGCUAAAGAGAGCAAACAAGAAAAAAUAAAAGAGAAAAGAGCAUCAUUGCUGUUCAUUUAGGUCAAUUAUAACACCACGCCCAGCCGUAUAAUCGGGUGCGUCAAAAGUGGUGGUAGAGAAAGAAGAAGAAGAAAGAGAAAUAUAUACGUAGAUAUAUAUAGACAGAUAGAAAAAGUUAGAAGGGUAGGAGAGAGAGAGAGAGAGAAAGAGAGAGAAGAGAAUAAAGAAAUAGAGGAAAAAAGAGACUUAAAAAGCGUUAAUGAUUUGUAAAAUGGCAGUUUGCAUGUUCUGGCUUCUCACCUACGUGGGACAGGGGCUGGAUUUGGCGGUAGGCAAUCGACCCGUGAUUAUACAAGUACAAGGCACACAGGGACUUGACUAUCGUCACGGAAGCAGUAGCAUUAGAAAGAAGAGCGAACUGAGCUCGGUAGAUAACAACCUGUUGCAUCUAAAAAUAUAUCCUUCCGAUGGUCCCUACCGGGACGACCUGUCGAACUGGCUGGUCUUCAACGACGAGCCGCGGAUAUCCUCGUGGUCGCCCGCGGGUAUGCUGAUCGACGACAUUGUCAAAGAGCCGCGGGAGUUCCAGAACGUGUUCUUUGCCCUGUCACCCGCCGUGCUGAACGUUCUCUAUUCCGAGUACGUAACGUCGCAGCCACACAACGCUGCAACACAACCUCACGUCGCGGAGCCCUAUGUUCACGACGAUGGCAAUCAUCUGCUCGGCGGCCGGCAGGCCCAUCAGCGUCUGAAGAAGCGGCGCAUCGGAUGCCGGCAUCCGCUGAGAGGUCCGCUCAGUCUACCGAUAUUGGUAUGCGACGAGGCUGGCAAGAAGGCUACCACCCUUCAGGAAUCUAGACAAUCGAAUCACGACGAUCUCUACGCGGAGCAGAGAUUUAACACUGCGACGAGUACGAAGACUGAUCUCGUGCGCGCCGAGGGCGGCACCCCGCUUAACUUACCUACGAAUGGCGGCUUCGUACCUAAGGCCUUCGUCUAUGAGACUAGCGGAAACAAACUACCCGGAAGUAAACGGAACCAGAUAACGGUCGGGCGGCGUUCGAUCGACGCGCAAGGAGAAUCCCCGGGACACCAGGCUCAAGCGUCCUCGGCGUCCUCGACGUCGUCCGCUGGCGCGAGCAUCGCUUCACAGCUUAUGCUGAGAUCAAUCCGGGGAAGCAUACAAUACGACGUGCCGCAGAUCGAAUGUCCAGUCUCCGAAGACGGAAUGGAAAGAUUUGCUUGCCCAACUGCAGAUAGAAUGGGAAGAUAUCAUUGUAUUGACGAUCAUGUUUUGUGCGAUGGCUUUAUAGACUGUCCUACAGGCGAAGAUGAGGAUAGGCAAGCCUGCAUGUUUUACAAAACCACGAAAGCGCAUCUGGAUGUGUUAGCGGACGCCAUAUUACGAUGGGCGAGAGGACGCUAAUUCCUUUCUUUGUUGACGAUGAAUCUCCAAGCUGUACAUAAAACCACAAGUCUGAUA